GUAAGAAUGAACUCAUCAUUAUAAAGUUAACUCCCUCCUUUAAUGGAGCUGUGUCAUCACCAUGGCCUCCACAUAUGGAGGGUGAAUUGCUAUUUGUGAAUUGCAAGUUAUUACAGUUUCAAUGAAGGGAGCAAUGUGAGAUUCCCCUUGUCGGUGCUUCUCCACUUUCCAGCUUACAUAAUUGUCCCAAUCACCCAUUUAUUUGUCCGCACUUUUCGCCUUCUUCUUCUCCUCUUCCUCACCUCACUAUCUUUUUCUACUCUUUUUUUGUUAAUUCCAGACACUGAGUGAACUCGGCCGACCCUAAAAAUGCUUUCCCAUUCUUCCUCGGAUCUUCAAACCAUCCAAAAGCCCAAAUCAUUCAACUUCCUCACUUCCUUCCAUUCCCAAAUCUCAGCAAACCCUCGUUUCUGGCUCUUCUCCACCUUCCUCUUCGUCCAAGUAAUCGUCGUCUUCUUCAGCCGGAACUCGCCCCUCUCUUUAACCUGUCAUCCUCAUGCCCAGCCCCAUUUCCCCACCGAGGCCGUCUCGAUACCGACCGUCGCACAUGGCGGAGACGCCGUUUCUCAGCCGCCGGAAGGUGAGGACUGCGAGUACGGUAGGGUUUACGUCUACGACCUGCCGCCCAUGUUCAACAAGGAUUUGAUUUUGAAGAACUGUACGGAUUUGGAUCCGUGGAAUUGGCAGUGUGGGCUGAACAUCAACGCCGGAUACGGGAAGAGGACGAGGGAUUUAGCCCGGAUCUUGCCGAUGAAUGUCGCGACGGCGUGGUAUCAGACGAAUCAGUUCUCGUCCGAGGUGAUUUAUCACCACCGGCUCCUGAACUACCGGUGUAGGACGAUGGAGCCGGAAUCGGCCACGUCGUUCUACAUUCCUUUCUACGCUGGACUCGCGGUUGGGAAGUACUUGUGGAUCGAUGAUACCGAAAAGCGCGAUUGGCAUUGCAAUAUGAUGCUCAAGUGGGUCCAGAAUCAAACCUACUGGCAGAAAUCCAAAGGAUCAGAUCAUUUCCUCACGAUUGGACGAAUCACUUGGGACUUCCGCCGUUUAGCGGAUGCCGGGAAGAAAUGGGGAUCCGCCCUCCUCAACCUGCCGGAGAUGGAGAACGUCACGCGCUUCACGAUCGAGAAGGCGCCGUGGGACAUCUACGACGUUGGCGUGCCUUACCCCACCGGAUUCCACCCCAGUACAGACUCCCAGCUCCGCCUAUGGCAGCAGUACAUUCUCUCACGCAACCGCACAAGUAUGUUCUCCUUCGUCGGAGCCACACGGGCCGAAGUAAAGGAGGACUUCAGAAACCUCCUCAUCCACUACUGCCGUAACGAGUCUGACGUCACCCGAGUCGUUGAUUGCUCGGUGACUCAGUGCUCCGUCAAUCCUUCCAUUAUCCAGGACGCCUUCCUGAGCUCGGAUUUUUGCUUGCAACCUGCAGGGGACAGCAAGACGCGACGGUCGGUGUUCGACUGUAUGAUCGCGGGUUCAGUUCCAGUGUUCUUCUGGCAGGAGACUGCUUACGAGCAGUACCAGUGGUUCUUACCAGAGGAUCCAGAGAGUUACUCUGUGUUCAUAGACCGCAAUGGGGUGAAGAAUGGGACAGUGUCCAUUAGAGGAAUCCUGGAGAAGUAUAGCAAAGAGAAGAUCAGGAAAAUGAGGGAGAAAGUGGUGGAGACUAUGCCCAAAUUGAUCUAUGCAAGGCCAAAAACCGGACUGAAGCAUGUGAAGGAUGCUUUUGAUGUGGCUGUUGAAGGAGUAAUGAAAAAAAUUAAGGAGGACAAAGAAUGGAAUGAGUUCGUUGAUGAGAUUGAAACAUGAAGAUGAAGAUUCCUGAUUAAGGCUCUGUUUGGUGGCCUUGUUUUUGUUUUCAUAAAAUUCCGCAUAUUUAAUUGGUUUAGUCAAUUACCCUCUAAGUCAGGAGCUCCAAUCUUGAAUGGGAAGAGUGAGUGAUGUAUAUAUUGUACUACUACUUGGUGCAAUUUUUCUCAUGCAUUUGUUUGUCAUAUUUUUCAAUAUGAUCACAUGAGCCAUGCUAUCUUUCUACACUUGAGUUAUGUACUAGUUCUACUUUUUGGUCACACAGACGUAAACAAUUGGGGCUGUAGUCUUGGUUUUAUAGUUUUACACAUUGGUUUGCAAAGAACAUUGGUCUUUUAA